UGCCGAAUUAAUUUUUGAAGUUUUUUACCGUUAUUUCGUAACGUUACGGUUAUCGUUAUUUGUUAUUAUUCCUUAUCAGAUUGAAAGAAUUGUGCAACGCAGGGAGUGAGGGGGAUUAAUCAAUUAAUUAGGCCUAGCCAAAGAUUCAUCAAUUAGCUCCGCGUACCUAUUAUUUUACAUUCGUUAUUCAUCACAUCACAAGUUUGUUCAAAGUGGAAAGAAUUAAUACCUAAGCCUAGAUGAAUUUCAGUACUCAGAGAAGCUACGGAAAUCAUCUCGGUCUGGGAAUUCAGGCAAGUCAAUUGAUAUCGAGGAAUAAUACCAAAACUAAUGAUUCCACCAGACUGGAGAACGUUUCGGAGAAUUUGAAUCGAUUUUUAUCAGCCCAUUCGCGAAAAAACAUAUCCAAGAAUUCGGGGAAGUUUCGAUUAAGCGAAUAUUUCAACAAAGAUCUCAAAGCAAAAUCAUAUUCAACGCAUCACUAUCUAUGCGGACCAUUGAACACAAACAGAGUAACCAGAAAAACAAUCUCCGGUAAUUUCGACAACGAUGAAUUCACAACCCAACCAUUGAGUGUCGCCGACCUGUACAACAAUUCGAAACAAACCGCCAUCAGUACCAAACCUCCAUGGAUCGAGCAACGAAAACAACCUAUCAAUACUCACGAUCGUGCUGAAAACCCACCGGAAACCAAUAAACUCGAUUCUUCUUUUAACUUUAAACCUUGUUUAGAUGGAAAUUUCUCUCAUGAAGUUCCAGCUGAUCGCCAAGUACCCGAUCCGGUGCAUUUGGAUGCAAAAGAUAGCUGUCCUUUGUACGAUAGCAACGAAUACCAAGAACAAUGCCCUGGUUUGAAUUACGAUGAGAAGAAUACGACGAAUGCCUCGGAUGAUGAAAAUACCGAACCUGAUAUCUCUAGGUAUAAUUUCUUCGUUGGAUCAAACGAAAAGGUACCGGAGUUCGAUGUUACAGAUUCGAAGGAUCGUCGAAAUGAGAAACAGGUUAUUAAAACAGUUCGAAGGAAACGUAGACCUAGGGAAGAAGUAUUCCAACCGUUGAUAACGUCGUCUCAAGAUUAAAUUGUGUUUAUUCCAUUCUGUACCUAAUCGAACGUGUUUUACAUUUCGCUGCGAUUGAAUUUUAAUUAUAUUUAAGUUAUUUGUAUUUUAAUAUUUCGAAAUUGAAAUAAUUUUACCUAGUAAUAAAUUUUGAAUCCUAAACCUAAUCUUAUUGUUAUUAUAUCUCGUAGUAAUUCGUGAAUUAGUUUAGUAAAUACUUAAUCCAAAUUCGAUGUUGAUUGUUCCCUAUUUGAAAAUAAUUUAGUUUAUAAGUGAUUAGAUAACUACGAUCAGCAUAAUUAAAUUUCUGAAUAAAAGAGUUCUGAU